GGCGGACUCACACUAGUGCAUCAUAUAAAACGAAACUUCAUAAAAAUUGAUGUGUGCGUUUGAUAAACGUCACUUAUCUCCAUACAAUUCUAAAUUCGAACUAAAACAAAACAAUCGAGUUUUAAGCAUAACAUAUUAUAAUACUAUGUUUAAUUAUUUUAUAUAUUGAAGCGCACAACCAACUGUACAUUAAUAAAUCAUAAUUAUAGAUCGCCAGAAAGCGUAACAAGGCAUUAAAAUUAUUAUGUUCACGGGUUGGAAUUGAAUACCUGAUAUUUCCGUAUCAUAGAUAGACAAAAAUGGACAUUCUAAUUGAGCCAGAUUGCUAUAAAGUUUGCCGAAUUUGCAUGGAAAGCUGCGAAGAAGAUUUUGUCUGCGUCUACGAUGAAUUUGAGGAUAACAUCUUGAUGGACGUAAUAACUGAAUGUGCUAGAGUUGAGAUAAGAAAAGAUGAUGCGUUACCACGAAAUGCGUGCCGAAAUUGUGCGGAGUACAUGAUUAUAGCUUACCACAUUAUACAAAAGUGUCGAGAUUCCGAUCAAACUUUGAGAUCAAUAUUCAAACAUGAAAUCGAUCUGAGAAGUAGAAAGGAUGAGUCAAUUUUUGGAGCGACUGAUAUUCACGAGACGGAUAUCAACCCUGCGGAGUAUGCAUUUCUUCUUUCAGACACCUAUGAUAAAAUUAUGCUUGAGGAAGUCAAAGGUUUGAUUACCGCAGACACAAAUGGAGAUCUGGUAGAUGAAUUUCCUUGUGAAGAACGUUAUCCAAAUAUAUUAAACAGCGAACACAUUGCGCACGCAGUUUCUAGUUUGGAAAAUUCCUCACCAGUUGAGACACAACACGCAGAUUACACUGAGACAGAGGAAAAUAGACCACCUGAGCCAAACCAACACGAAAUUUCAGCCACAAAAAAGUGUUGUGGAUGCAAAAAGUUAUUCGAAACUGAAGUUGAUCUAAAAAAUCACUGUGAUACAAUUCACCUUGGUGAUCCAAGCAAUGCUAGUGAUCUUGCUAAACCAUUCAAAUGUCAAGUAUGCUACAAACCAUUUUCCAACCAGCAACUUUUGAAAGAACAUCAGCGAAACGUAAUUCGCAAGUACUUCUGUCGUCAGUGUGGUAAAGGGUUCAUGACACAGACAAAUCUAGAGAAUCAUAUUAAAAGUCACGUGUCCUCGCGAGAAACUAGACGAUGUUGUGGUUGUCGUAAGGAUUUUAACAAUGAUGUGGAACUUGUCCUACAUUCCAAUGACGUGCAUAAACCAGAACAAACAUUUGAUCCAACCAAGCCGUUCGAAUGCAAUAUCUGUUAUCGACGAUAUCCAACCCGUAAAUCACUCGUUAGCCACAAACGGAUGAUUCAACAACAUCAAUGUUCCCAUUGCGGAGAGUUUUUCAUGAAAAAACUUUUUCUAGCGUUACACGAAAAAUCUUGUCAUCCCGUGGAAUCUGAGGACGAUCAAAAAAAGCGUUGUUGCGGAUGCCGUUUGGAAUUUCCGAAUCAGAAUGCAUUGAUCGAACACGCAAUCGCUGUCCAUCGCAUCGGUGAACCCAUACCGGUCGACGAUUCGAAACCCUUUGAAUGCAAAAUUUGCUCAAAACGUUUCCCUUCUAAGCUCACGCUACGGCAGCAUCAGAAAAAGAUUAGCCAAGAAAAACGCUACACUUGUGACAUUUGUGGACGAUCGUUCAAUCGUGCUCACGAUAAAGCAACCCACGAGACAACUCAUUCCAAUGAAAUGCCGUUUUCAUGCCACAUUUGCUCUCGCAGGUUCAAGAAUAAACUAUACCUCAAAAAUCAUUUCAAGCUUCAUGCCACUAGUAACUCUCGUAACUUUUCCUGUCACGAAUGUGGUAAGUGCUUCCGAACGAAGGAUCUUCUCAAAACUCAUGCCAUCAGUCAUAGCGAGGAACGAAAGUACGCUUGCCAGUACUGCUCGGCAACGUUCAAACGAGCGCAGUGCUUGAAAAUUCACAUCAAAGUACAUACACGAGAAAAAGCGUUCGCUUGCAACAUUUGCUCAAAAAGAUACGUUCAAUCGUCCGAUUUGAAGCGUCACAUGUUAACCCACAAUCCAGGUGAGAGCGGAAAACCCUUUCAAUGCGAAUACUGUUUAAAGCGCUACCCCCGUAAAGAUUAUCUAAAGGUGCAUAUCCGAAAACAGCAUCUAGAGAAGGUCGAUGCAAUCCUGAUCGAGGAUAUAGCUCUCGAGUUCCGCGGAGAUAGUGAUGUGAUGGUAUACAACUUUUAACACACUUUACCCUAUAUUUCCGGAUCCGGAAGUCGGAUCCGCAUGGAAUUCAGGACUUACGUAUGGGACCACAGGACCUUUCAUUUGAACCUAAGUUUGUGAAAAUCGGUCGCGCCAUCUAUGAGAAAGGUUAGAAAACAUGUUUUCAUUUUUUUGCCCAUUUUACCCCAUAACUCCCGAACCGGAAGUCGGAUCCAAAUAAUAUUCAGGAUUAUUUGUAUGGGACCACAAGACAUUUCAUUUGAAUCUAAGUUUGUGAAAAUCGGUUCAGCUAUCUCCGAGAAAAGUUAGUGCAAAAAAACGUUACAUACACACAUACGCACAUACACACACAGACAUUUUGCGUACUCGACGAACUGAGCCGAAUGGUAUAUGACACUCGGCCCUCCGGGCCUCGGUUCAAAAGUCGGUUUUCACAGUGAUUGCAUAACCUUCGGCUGUCCGAUAUGCUACGAAAAGUUUCAUAAAUAUCUUACCUAAGAUGAUUGGUGGGUCAGAUACCAAAUCGUCCAGAUUUCCCAGGAUCCAGGAGCUUCAAUAGCAAAUAUCAACUAAUCAAUGAAUGUUUACUUUCUCGUUUCUCUUACACGAUUAUUAAGUGUCAUUAUUAAAAAGUAAUGCCAUUUUUUAAUGAACGUGUAAGGUCAGUAAUGAUGUCUUUUUUCCAGCAAUUCAACUACCUUUUUACAGAAAGGACAAAAAGGUUAAAGCUAGAUGAUUGAACCGUUC